CACAAAAGCUGUGCAGCCAUGGUUUAGGCCCCUUUUUGCUUUAAUGUUUGAACAAUCAACUUUGGCCUCUGGUCUUGAAGAACAUGAUUAAAGUGCUGAUAUUUUUACUACUGCAGCAAGCAGAGAAGGUGCGAGCUACUUGGUCUGUGACUUUUGAAAACCCAGAUCAUUGUGCUUUGAAGGGGACUUCAGUGGAGUUUAAGUGUUCGUACAGCUACCCAGAGGAUGAAUCUGUCAGAGAGACUGCAUGGUUUAAAGGAAUGCUAGAAGACGACACCUGGAAACGUGAGGACGACACUGGACAUUACUACUUCUGGUUCGACACAAACAAGUAUGGACGGAGAAGUAAAAAAUCAGUGCAUCUCUCUGUGACAGAGCUGAAAGCCAGCAUACGCCCCAUAAGAGUGAGAGCUGGAGACAGAGUGACCCUUGAAUGUACGACAACGUGCCAAAAUCACAGAACGAUCUGGUUCAGAGAUGGACGUAGAGUUAUGGAGCUAGAGUUUCACGCUCAGACGGAACAUGCUGGAAACUAUUCCUGCACUAUUGAAGGACUGAACUCCUUGCAGUCGGAUCCUGUGGCUCUGGAUGUUUUGUAUUCUCCAUUAAAUGUGUCCAUUGAGGUGAGUGGUUCUGGGCCCCUGUUGGUGGGCAGCAGCGUGACUUUGACCUGCAGAAGUGCUGCCAACCCCGCGGCAGAUACCUUCACCUGGUGGUACAGGAGGGAUGUUUCCAACUCCAGCCUCCAGCUCCAGGAGGGCUCAGGGCAGGUCCUGAGUAUUUCCUCUGUGGAGCUGACCCACACAGGAGCUUACAUCUGCCAGGCCGGGAACCCCAUGGGACAGAGCCGUUCAGCCCAGGUGCUGCUGACUGUGGAAGACACAGGUGGGACUGCAGGAGGAGUCAAAGCGUUCACUUUCUUGGAUGUUUUCUUUAUUUAUCUUGAUUAG